CAGCGGGCUCUUUCUGCAGGGAGGAGGAGGAGGAGGAGGAGGAGGAGGAGGAAGGCUGGUGCUGAAGUUUCUGGGUCACUCACGUCGCAGUAGACCAAGACAAGCAACCAUGACUUCAACAAACAUGUUUCAGGGACUUGAUAGUAGUGGCAAACCAAGUUCAAGAGUACUAAGACCUCCAGGAGGAGGGUCAAGCAAUCUCUUCGGUGGUUAUGAAGAAGACACUGCUGCCUCCAGAAGGCCAAACAAAAUGUCCUCUUCUAUUUUUGCACCUCCAGAAGAGACCCGAGGGGGUCCCAGACGCUCCAAUCCCCCAGGUGGGAAAAGCAGUGGGAUAUUUGGGGACCCAGAGGCGUCUUUGACCCACGGCAGACAUGUUCCCCCUGGUGGAGCCUCCAGUUACAUUUUUGGGGGUGCGGAGUCGACCCCACCUUCUGUGAAAAGUCAACAUCCCAACAAACCAAAGGACAAUUUAAGUGUGGGUGUACCUGCUACUCCAGAUCCACCAGCCCCAGUGCCUAAGAAAGUUGAGAAAGUGAAGGUGGAACCAGUGACCCCUCAACCAACGCCUGAAAAAGAGCCAGCAGCCCCUGCACCUGCAGCCAAUCAGAGUUCUGAGGCAGCAACGUGGCAACCAACAGAAAAGGACCACGAGCCACGCCUUGGACCCCGCCCUCGCUCUCACAACAAAGUGAUCAACCCUCCAGGAGGAAAGUCCAGUGUGGUUUUCUAUUAGCCCUAGCCAUCAGUCUCUUCCUUUCUUCCAUCUGCUUUUAACCUGUACUAAAACUUAUCUUUAUCAUUUACUUUCUCCUUAACUUUUUUUUUCUUUUUCUUUUUCUUAAAGUCUGUCACUCUUCAUUCCCUUUUUUUAUUCUGCACUUUCUGAUUCAUUCCUCACUUUCCCUUUUCUUUUUCAUCGAAUUCGAAACACUGUUACUCUUGCUCCUAAAACUAAAUGGUUGUUUCCUUUCAAAUGGUUAGCAUUGACGGUUGUUUCUUUAUGUGAUAAUGUUUUGAUAAUUUGCUAAUGUAUUAAAUGCAAGUUUGCCUCAUGAAUCUGAGCAGUCUAUGCAGUGUUCAACUGGUACCACUGUUGGUCGCCAAAGCAAGCUCUUCAGUAUCGACAUAUUCAGAUCUCCCUUUGAAACCCUGUGAAUGUGUUCUGAUGGCAAAUUCUUUUGUGCAAUAAGAUGACUUCCCUUCUACAUUUUUUUUUUUUUUACUGUGCUCUUGCAUUUUUUUUUUGUUUUGAGCAAGACACAAAGCCAAAUGUAAAAGUAGUAGUUUAGUUGGCUAACCAAACACCGUUUUUGUAACUGAUAAUUGCCAAAGCACAUAUGACAAUGAUUAAACACGUACAAUCACGCAUCUUUGACAAUAUCACACUAAUAAAAUGUCCAUAUAUGCAUUUGAAUGUAACCAGAGACCGUUAAACUAAGAGAAUAAUCUGAAAUGCCUGACGCUGUACUUGAAAAGAGUUGCUGCACCAUUGAUUCUUUAAUACUUGUGUGAAUUUGGGCCUUUCCUCCCAUUAGCCAUCUACUUUAUUCUUUGCAUGGCAGGUGAAAGGUAAAAUAUGAGUCUGUGAGUGUGUGUGUUUGUGUGUGUGGGGGUGUUUCCCACAUGACUAGUGCCGUCCCUGCCCAAAAUAAUACUUCAGUGGUUGCUUGGUAAUGUGACUGGAUACUAUGAUGUCACAGAGGACUGUUUCAUACAAUGCACCUCUAUAUUGUUCAUUUGUAUGCAGUUUUGUAUUGCUUUUUUUCCCCAUGACAAUAAAAGGAUGUUUUACCAUGUUGCUUGAAAUAAACUGAAAUCACCACUUAGAAA